AUGACCAGUCGGUUGUACGACAGCAUAGAGCCCAACGUCAUCGAUGGCGAGAUGCUCCAGAAGGCAGUGGAGGAGCAAGGUCCCAAAGAGGAAGCAGGGCAGCUGGCCAAGAGGGAAGGGAUCAAUUUCAAAGACGUCAAGGAGCUGCAGCUUGAUUUCAGAAAUAUCUUGAAGAUUGACAAUCUCUGGCAGUUCGUCAAUCUGACAAAACUGCAGCUGGACAACAACAUCAUUGAGAAGAUUGAGGCGUUGGAAAGUCUGGUUCAUCUGGUCUGGCUGGAUUUGUCAUUCAACAACAUCGAAGUCAUCGAAGGUCUCAGCACUCUGGUGAACUUGAAAGAUCUCAGCCUGUUCAACAACAGGAUCUCCAAGAUCGAGAAUCUGGAUGCACUGCAACAGCUGCAGAUAUUCUCGAUCGGGAAUAACAAUAUAGGAACCCUAGAAAACCUGGUCUACCUCAGGAAGUUCAAAGAAUUGCGCACCUUGAACCUUGCCGGGAAUCCAGUGUGUGACAACGAAGCGUACACCAUGUACAUUGCAGCGUAUCUUCCAGACCUCGUGUACCUGGAUUUUAGGAUGGUGGAAGACAGUACGAAGGAGAUUGCCUUCGUCAAAUACCAGUACGCCAUCGAGGAGAUGAAGCAAGGAGAAGCCGUGGCCCUGGCCAAACAGGAGGCCGAGAAGGCAAAGCAGAAGGAGCUGGACUACCACAAGGCAGCUUACGUGGAAUAUCUCAACGGCUCCUUCCUCUUCGACAGCAUGUAUGUUGAAGAUCCCGAGGCUUCCAAACUGGAGUACCUCCCUGGAGUGCCGGAACUGCUGGAGACUUACAAGAGCAAAUUUGUCACCAUUUGCGAGAACCUGUUUGAGUACGGCCUGAAGCAGCACGAGAAGCGGAAGGCUGAGGUGGCACUCUUCUACGAGUGCCUCAACGAAGCUCUGGAAGACAACCGCGAGCAGGGGAACCAGAUCAUGGCCGACUUCGAAGAGAAGCGCCUCCUGGCGCUGGACGCGAUUCAGACCGCCAGCGAGACCGAGGUUUUGGAGGCCAGGCUCCAGGAGUACAACGACGGCAUCACGAAGCUCUCCGAAACACUGAUGACUAUGGAGAUGCAGCUGGUAGACCAGUUGGAGGAAGUCAUAAAAGACUUUGAACGGAACAUUUCCGACCUGGUCUCCAUCUUCAUAGAGAACGAGCAAGGGCUAAUGGCGCAGUGCCGGGAUCUCGAGAAUCACCACCACGAGAAGCUCCUAGAAAUCGCCAUCAACACGCUGGAGAAAAUUGUAAAAAGCGAGCUCGAAGAAGAGAUUCCAGACGACGUUCGGAUGCUCUUUGUGGACAAGGACACCAUCGUCAACGCCGUCAACGCCUCGCACGACAUCCACCUUCUGAAGAUCGACAACCGGGAAGACGAGAUCAUCACCAAAGCCAACAGCUGGGCUUCCGCUCUGAUAGAGAAGGUUCACAAAAGUGAAAUCACGAGGAACCGCAACCGCGUGAAGGAGAUCAACCAGUUCAUCGACCACCUCCACAACGAGCUGGAGACCAUGGACAUUAUGGAAGCGUAGCCCACUCUCCCCGCCGCUGUUUGCCGCCGCUUCCCUGGUUCUGGACACGG